AGUCUGGCUUAUUCCUUCCCCUCAACCUUUACCAGUUGUCAACCUCCCAGCUCAGACCUGAAAGGUGUGCAGUCAGCUCAGAGGCUUCCAAGUAUGGGAGUGCAUAGGUGUGGACACAUCGCCAUAUGCACGCCUGUGUGUAAACUGCAUCAUGCAUGCAGCUGAGGACAGCAUGUGGACAGAGCAGAAGAAGCUCCUGUUCUGGCCAGGCUCAACACUCACCCAGCAUCCUGCAGAGUGAUUCGCCUAGUGAUUAAGGCCGACCCAGGUCCCUGACGCUGUAGUGCCAUGUAACCCAGUGUGUAAAAUUGAGCAGCUGCGUGCCUGAACUUACGACAAGCCAGCAGAUCCGCCGCGAGUGAGCGCGCCGCGGCCAGAGGAGCGCAAGACGGCAAGAGCGCACCGUGAGGACCCUGCGCAGGGAACCGAGCAAAAGCAGGGACCGUCCCCGAGGCGGGCGGAGCAGAGGGACCGCCGUGGAGACACCCGGGGCAGCGGGCCGCGCCAGGCCGACGGCCCUUUCCUCUGGGCCCCGCCUGGUACCAGGGCCGCCCCCAGCAGGGGGACUGCGCCUGGAAGCUGUAAUGGAGGUCCUGCAGAGACAGCAGGCAGCUCGGCUGGCCCAAGGGGUGGGGCUCUUGGUUCCUCCUCAUCAACCGCUGCCACCCCGGCCUCCCCUGCCUGGCCCCCCGACCCUGCAGGCUCCAGAGGGAGCCUUGGGGGACAUUGGGGCUGAUGAAGAGGAGGAUGCUGAAGAGGAUGAGGAGGGGGAGGAAGCUGGAGCAGAGCAGGAGCCAACUGAGGAGAGCUGUCCAAGGGCCCAGGGCCCCAGCUCACCUUCCAGCCAACCCCCUGGACCCCAUCCUCAUGAGUGGACCUAUGAGGAACAGUUCAAGCAGUUGUAUGAACUUGAUGCAGACCCCAAGAGGAAGGAAUUUCUGGAUGACCUGUUUAGCUUCAUGCAGAAGAGGGGGACACCAGUGAAUCGUGUGCCCAUCAUGGCGAAGCAGGUGCUGGACCUGUAUGCAUUGUUUCGCCUGGUGACCGCCAAGGGCGGCCUGGUGGAAGUCAUCAACCGAAAAGUGUGGCGGGAGGUCACGCGCGGCCUCAGUUUGCCCACCACCAUCACCUCAGCCGCCUUCACUCUACGCACUCAGUACAUGAAGUACCUGUACCCGUACGAGUGCGAGACGCGGGCGCUCAGUUCCCCCGGGGAGCUCCAGGCCGCCAUAGACAGCAAUCGGCGCGAGGGCCGUCGCCAGGCUUACACCGCCGCUCCGCUCUUCACCUUAGCUGGGCCGCACCCGAGGGGCGCUCCUGGCCCCGCCUCCGGCCCUGGCCCCGCCCCGCCCGCGCCUCUCUCGGGUCCCGGUUCCAGCCCGGUCCAGGGCUCCGCCUCUGGUCUACCGGCGCAUGCUUGCGCCCAGUUGAGCCCCAGCCCUAUUAAGAAAGAGGAGAGUGGAAUUCCAACCCCUCAUCUGCAACUGCCUGUGGGCCUGGCCUUGGGACCAGCACGGGAGAAGUUGGCAACAGAGGAGCCUCCAGAGAAGAGGGCUGUGCUGAUGGGCCCCAUGGACCCACCUCGACCCAGUGCACCCCCCAGUUUCCUGCCCCGCAGCAAGGUUCCCUUGAGGGGUGAGGAAGGGCUUGUUGUUGAGGGGUCUUCAGUCCUAUGCACUGAGGGAAAAUAGACCCAUCACCUGAUAGGUGUUGGAGGUGGGCAGACAAAUCCCUCUAUAGACAACUGUGAUUACAGGUAUGGGGGCUGAAGUGAAAUGUGGGCCAUCUAUAGAAAUGGGAGACUGAAAUCUGAUUCCCCAAAAUGUGAUUACUCUGCCCCCUCCUGGACAGAAGAGCGGCUGGAUGGGCCCCUCAAUCUGGCAGGCAGUGGCAUCAGCAGUAUCAACAUGGCGCUAGAGAUCAACGGGGUGGUCUACACUGGUAUGGGUACUUUAGGUUGUCUACACUGGCAUGGAGUCAGGGGUAUUUAGACUAGCAUGGGGAUUCUAGAUUUUCUCUACUAGCAUGAGGUUCAGGGAUAUCUGAACUUGCAUGGGUAACAUGGGGUUCAGGGGAUUGCUACAUUGGCAUGGGUUAAAGGGGGUGUCUACAUGGCAUGGGGUCCAAGGCAUGGCCUCUCUGGCAUGGUGACCAUGGGAUAUCUGCCUUGUCAUGGGCCUAUGUAUUAUUGUCAGUAUUUCUUUUUUACCUGUUUGAGGGUAUCUACAUUGGCAUAGGAGUUUCUCACUGACCCAAGGGACUUUUCCUCAUUGGUUUGUGGCAAGGGUAUGUGUGCGGUGCUCUAGCAAUCAGGACACUUACUUUUGUUCCCUUCUGUUUUUGUGCCCCACCCUCUCCUGCUUGUGUUUGCUUUUACCAUCUCCUUACCCCUUUGCCAGGUGUCCUCUUUGCCCGCCGCCAACCUGUGCCAGCUUCCCAGGGCCCAACCAACCCUGCACCCCCACCCUCUACUGGGCCCCCUUCCAGCACCUUGCCCUGAGAGUU